UCUACUAAUAUAUAUUUUUGCACUCAAGGCUCAAGGCAGCUGAUAGUAGCACCCUCAAAACCUAAAACUUGGCGGGGCACGCUGCAUGAGGGAUAGUCUUUUCUCCCCUCUACUUUGACGACCUUUUCUACAAUAAACUGGAGAAAGUUUUCAGGGGACCAUUGGCACGCGCGUCAACCCCUGUACCUUAUUGUAUUCAUCCUGUAGCCCCAUCCCCCCUUGGCUAGCCAACGAAAUUGUCACCGAGCUGCACAAAUCAUUUCGCCUCACUUUACCGGUCGCCUCGGUACAUUUCUUGUCACGACGAUUGCGUACAGAAGCAAAUAAUUAAGAAAAAAUUCUUACAUUUACCAAAUAAGUGUUCAGUUUACAGUAUUAAAAAUUGUAAAAAUAAGUUAUUAAGCAGUUUACUGCAUUGAGUUAAUAUGUUAAUAUAGCGUGCAGUGCUUUUAAGUGUCUAAAAGUUAUUUAUAUUACAUAAGUAAGUGUUCAGAAUGGCAAGCUCGGCGUAUUAUUCAAACACUGAAAGUGGAUAUUGGCCUUAUCAUCCAUUUGAUGAUGCAUCAAGUGCCGAAGCAGUACAUUCUAUGACACCAUGCCAGCAAGUCCCGCAACUAUAUCAGAGCCAACAACAAAAUUCAUUAAAUUAUGGUAUUAAUAAUAAUAUUUCUUCGAAUGUAUCUACGCGUCCAAGUCUUCUGGAAACUAUUCUAAGGCAUGGAAAAGAAGCAGUUACUGGAAUAUACCCACAUUCAGGUAGUAAACCAAAUCAUGGAUUACAUUCAAGUGCAUAUACUCCAAAUACAACUUCUCCAUACAAUUCUUCAUCUUGUUCAGAUCGAAGUUCACCAACGAAAAUUAUUAAUUCAGAUACUUCAUCACAAGAAAAAUUCCCAUUAUCUCAAGACUUAGUGAAACCUGAAGAAACGUUCAAGGACUGUAAUUAUCCGAGUUUAGUGAGAGAUACAGAAAAUUUUAAAGCUAAUGCUGAUUAUGAUUCCGAUGAAGAUAAUAAAUAUGAAGACUCGGAUAUUGCACACUCUCCUGAAGAUGGUAAAUUAUUGUUUAAUCAACAAGUUGAUUAUCCUUGGAUGAAGUCGAGUUAUACCGAUGCUAAUGCAAUGGGCCAAAAGCGUACAAGACAAACAUAUACCCGCUUUCAAACUUUGGAAUUGGAAAAGGAAUUCCACUUCAAUAAAUAUUUAACAAGGAGAAGAAGAAAUGAGAUUGCAAACACAUUAUGUCUCACAGAAAGGCAGAUCAAAAUUUGGUUUCAAAAUAGAAGAAUGAAAGCCAAAAAAGAUUGCAAAACUGGAUUCAAUCUCGAUUCAGGCUACAGCGAAGAAAUUCCGUCUUUAAAACAAUGUGAACCAGAGAAACUUCCAAUUAUCCCAUCGAUUAACACUACACCUCCGAUAUUUCAUAAUGUGACGCCAAACCAUAACGGCAAUUCAGGACCACAACCCUCUAUCAACAUUCAUCAGCAUCAAUUACAAGGAUCUUAUCUUAGCUAUCACCAAUAUCAGCAAGAGCAUCCAUAUCCAAGUCAGGAACACUUUUCUUAUCGUGGCGUGCAUUCCUAUUCAGAGAAGCUCAGUUGAACCUAAACAAAAAAUCAUAAAUAUCUACAUCGUAACUCUAAACAGCUGCUUUAAAAUGAGUACUAUAAUUUACGACAUGAUCUUUCAACAGGCAUCUCAGGUCAGUUAUUCAAGACCCGUUUCUUUAUACUUGAAAUUGCAUUGAAAAAUCUCAAUACGGGUCUUACUUAAAAAUAUCUUCUAUUCUUUUAUGAAUGAAUAACAGUUUAAAUAAUCUCAUUGAAAUAUUAUAUUGAAAAAUUUUAUUUAUAAAUGAAUUAUCUAUGCAAAUAAAUAUUUAGUUGUAAAUUGUAAUUUAUACGGGCUCUGUGUCUCAAGAGAGCGCGAAUAAUCAGAGUGUACAUUAUAUAUUCUAACAUUAAAAACGAAAAGUAUUUGUAGUUAAAGAAAAAUCACGAUUGUAUAAUUUAAAUAUUUUCUUGAUAAAUAUUUUAUCUUGUCACUAUGAA